AUGAAGCCAAGGUUAUCUAUCGCGAAUAUAUGGACUCGAUUAGCUCAACUUUCCGGAUAUCGAGGUGGAAGAAUGACUCCAAAAAGGCCGUACUCGACGAUGAAGCCACCGGAGUACUACGAAGGCCGCAUAGAAGGGACCGUUAAUCACUACCGGUGUUACAUCUUGCUGCACGCAGACGAACCUCCUUCGGCCUUUCCAUCUGUCUUCCAUACCCCGGUUUCGCGCGAAUUGCUUGCCCGAGCGACAAAAUGGGGCGGCAUGGUCAAUUUCUCGUGGAUGAACACACUUCCGUCUCACUCCGAUAUCUCCAGUCAUCGUAGGCAAGCAGCGACGGUAUUUUCGACGCUGGGUGGCAGACUGGAACUCCCUGAUGUAUUACUGGAGAACAUGGAUAAAGUAGAAGCCAGGAUCCGACUUCAUCUCGAAGGGCCCGUAAAGGAGUCAACCUCGGACGAAGUCCACAUCUACGUGUGCACCCAUGGAGCGCGGGAUUGCAGGUGUGGAGAGAGAGGUCAACGAGUUUUCGAGGCUCUUGCAGAGGAAGUGGAGAGUUUGCGACGAGCAGACCCAACAGGUCCCGCCGCAAAGGUCAAGGUUGGAGAGGUUGGUCAUGUUGGAGGACACAAAUACGCUGCCAACGCGUUGAUCUUCCCUCACGGAGAAUGGUUAGGCAGCCUCAAACCUGAAGACGCGUCACCUAUCAUCAAGUUGCUCUGUGACGACCUGCAGAACGGCGACGUCAAGCCACGCGGCCCAGUAGAGGAGCCUUCCUCCCUUCGCCACUGGAGAGGCCGAAUGGGCAUGACCAAGGAAGAGCAGAAACACCUCUGGGAGUCGUUUUCUCUGAACGACUCUGGCCACAAGCCCGACCCCACGCUGAACACCGCGACGCUAUCACCACGACCGCGUUCCUAG